AUGAACCGAACAGACAUGGAAUGGAUGGACAGAGGACAAGCGACGGAACCAAGGGCAUAUCUAUGUGUUCAACUUGGAUUCAAAGCCUUGUAUGGCAUGUGUUAUGAUGAAGCCACUGACCACUUCACUGACACUAUCAACUCUGACGCUUUCUCAUCAAAACCAGACAUUCAUGAAAUGUACAAGGACUUCGCUAUGCUCUUUGGCUGGGACCUGAAGUCCUUAUGGCAAAAGACACAUCAGAAACAGUGUCAUGCACUUCUUCAGGCAGCUUCAAGUGGUAAAAAUAACAAGGCAGACUUGACUGGUCCAAUGGCCAAGUUGGGGAAAAUGUUGUGGAUAGAAGCACUUCUGGAUGCACAGAAGGUCAUCAAAUCCAACCCUUCAUCUCAUAUUGGAUACAUGUUGAAGCAUGCAGCAUUUCAUGGUACACAACACUAUGAUGAAGCUAUUGUGGCCUUUCAAACAAUGUUCUCAAAAUUGAGUAAUGCUUCCGACUCCGAGACACAAAAAUUGUGCCAGCAGUAUCUCAGUCUAUCUGAAGUGGAUUGUGCUAUUCAAAUGAUCAUCAAUGCUCAAAUUGACAAUGCUCCUCUGCAUGUACAUCAGGAAACCUGUAUUUUCCCUGAUUGA